GCGGCGCUUCUUCCUUUUAUGACGUCAGCAUCUCCCGGCAACGGGAGAGAAUGGUUGCCUUGGCGACGUAAACAAUAUAGGAGAACAAUGGCAAAGGCAGAACGUCGAGACACCAAAUCGUGUCUCUGGUGCAGAAGUGCAGCUGCGCUUGAACGCAGGUGGCCGAAGGGGCUUUCCAGACGCCGAGGAUUCUUGCUUGCAGUUAAAUGAAGCGUUUAAAUGGGGCACAUCUGAACUUUGUUUUCCUUCCUUGUAUUUUUCAGUUACGGUGUUUUGUUUUUCUCGUCACAACUGAGAAUUCAGGGUGAGCUAUGUGCUUUGUUAAACCUUAUAUGCAUUGGUGAGAGAUAGGUCUCUGAGUUGUCUGAAAGCAGGGAAGUCGACAGGCUAAAUGGAUGUUUUUUAGGGGAGAAUUACUGUGACUUUCGUGGAAGCAUACCAUAUCCUCAAAAGAAACUAAACUCUUGUGAACUUUACUCAGCGGUAGCAUUACACAGGCACACACAUCCGCAAAUAUUUAAAGUUGAAGAUCCAGCUGCCUGUGGAAUAAGUUUCCCUUCCAAAAUAUUUACAUCUAUGGUCAUUCAUCUGCCUCUUAAAUUCCCGUCAGGGGGUUUAAAAAUAUUUCCAGUGUUUUCUCAGCCCAGUUGCUGUUUUUGCUCUUGACAGCUGAUUUAUAUAUUUGUACUUUUAAGGACAAUCUGCUCAUUCAAAGCACCAAUAUUUUAAUGUUUAUGUUGUGUGUGUGUAACCUUUCUGAGGGAGGGAGAAAUUAUAGACCUCGGGGGUUCAGGUUGCUCUUGACAUUUGUCAGUUUGGCAUCUAGAAGUCAAUGCAGUCUAUUUUGUUUCUUAAGAUUUUUACAUUGUAACCUGGGAUCAGCUUUUGGAAAAGAGCAGGCUAUACUGAAUAAACAUCUUUAAUUUCUCUGCUCUGCAACUGGUUAAAUAUAAUUAGUUUGCUUUUUUAAAAGGAAGUUAGUAGGCUGUGACUGUAUACGGACUUAACUUGCCAGAAAAGCUGCACCCUAUGCACAUUUACUUAGCAGUAUGCCCUAAGUGACAUUUGUGGAGAAGGGCUGUAGCUCAAUGGUAGAUUAAAUCCUUUACCUGUAGAAAAUCCCCAAUUCUAUCUUCUGCUUUUCCAGGUAGGGCUGCGAAUAUCCCUCGCCUGAAAACCUAGAGAGCUGCUGCCAGUCACUGUCAACCAUACUGAACUAGCUGGAUCAAUUUUCUCACUCAGCAUAAGGCAGCUACUAUGAUCACAUGCCCCAUUGAAAGAGUGGGUUUAUUUCUGUGUAAACAAAGAUCAUGCAGUGUGACCCAUUGAGCACAGUGGGACUUCCUUCCCUGUAAACCUGUUUUGGAUUGUGUGCUGUAUGAAAUCUCACAAUGCUACUGUUCCUUAAGUAGUUAUUAUCUUAAAGAAUUACCUCAAAGUAUUAUAAUAUGCAAAGCUAGUCUUGAAAAUUAAGACUAUCCCACAAAUUAUAGGAUUGGUUCUGUCAGAUGUAGUGAUUUACUUGUGGUUCAGGUCCUGCAAAGACUUUAUGUACAUUUCGUCAGGAACUUUGUUCCAUUUCUCUGACUUAACUUGAAUCAUUUCAAAUAGCUUGGAAAGAUAAGACCUGUUGCUGUAGGAGUAUGUAAGUUUCACCCCCAUAAUACUUUAGUUCACUUUUGGUACACAGAUAUCAGUACAAUAUAAAACAGUGCAUAAUGCAUCCAUGGGCAUAGCCGGAGGCGGCAGCUGCCCCCUUGGAUCAAGUAAAACAAUAGAAAUACUUAUCUAACUGACCAAUUAUGUUGGUUCUGCACUCCAACAAAGUUCUGUCCCCAUCACAAACAAACAGAAGUUAAGGGCAUUGGUCAUACUGUAGUAUUGAAAGAAGUACGGAGGCUUUUUGCAUGUGAUUUUUCAUUACGAAGGACCGUUCCUAAAUGUUUCAUUGGAAGUGCUUGUAUAAACUAAAUAUUUGCAUAUUGUAGUAAUAAUUAAUCGCCAGGAAGAAUAAUUGCCUCAGCUGAAACAAAUUGCAAUUUUACAUAUUUGGGAGGGAAAAUUGUACUUUCUCUGCUUCUUUGAGAUGGGAAAACUUCUUAAUGGGAAACUUUUCCCUCAAUCGCAAAAUUCUGGGGUCCUCCUGUUUAUUCAGUUGAGUGGGGCCCUGGACUUUGGCUCUGAUGGCACAAAUGACUGUGUGGUGGUCCCUUCAACAAGGCUGGGGAAUCACUGCCUAAUGAACAUGACCAUCCAUGGCCCCACCUAACCUUUGAAACCAAAUCUCUGAUGCAGUGCACCAGGCCCUUUUAAGCUUGCCAUUAAGAUGUCUAAAACAAUUAUUCAGGCUUUUUGUGAUUAAUGUUUUUGGGUGCUUCCAGACAGUCACUAUUUUCGGGUGGGAUUCAGUCACAUACAGUGGUACCUCAGGAUACAUACGCUUCAGGUUACAGACUCCGCUAACCCAGAAAUAGUACCUCGGGUUAAGAAUUUUGCUUCAGGAUGAGAACAGAAAUCAUGCUCAGCAGCAGCAGCAGGAGGCCCCAUUAGCUAAAGUGGUGCUUCAGGUUAAGAACAGUUUCAGGUUAAGAACGGACCUCCGGAACAAAUUAAGUACUUAACCCGAGGUACCACUGUAUCUGCAAAUUCAGGCUGCACAAUUGUAGUUGUUUGGGAGGUCUUGAGCAACAAACCCACUUCCCUAAAAGAUCAGACAUGUUGAAAAAGAGAAGCAAUGAGGAAAUGCACAGAAAUAUGAGGGAUAAUACAUGCUUCCACGCAAUGCCAUCUAACUUCCCCACAUUCAUUAUCCGAAUGAAUGCUCCUUAAAUAGCCAAUGCCAUUUAAUCUCCCUGCAAACUAAUUAGGGUGAAUGCUCAAUAAGCAGAUUGUCUGGAAGUGCUCUUGUGUAAGUUAUGUACCUUUAAAGCACAUUAAAAAACAUUUUCUCCCGCAAAAAACUGGGCACUAAAGUUUGUAAAGGGUUGUUGUUGUUCAUUUCAUUUCUGGACCGCUUUAUAUUUUUAAAAAGGCUGCUUGGAAUUGCAAUUCUCUGAGAGGUAAGCUGCAGUGGUCAGAGUUCUUUGAUGUGGGAAAAAUGUGCUUUGAAUAAGCUUUAAAUGCAUAGUGUGCACACAGCCUCAGUAGUAGUUUUUACUUGUCCCUCUGAAUAUUUAUAUAUCAAUUUUAUUUUAUUUUCCUACAGAGACUGAGCAACAUAGGUGCAGUUGGCUCUUCCCCACUCGCCUGGUGCAUCAAUUCUGUUUUUCUGCUUAUGUUCUAGGAAGUGAACGCAGCAUACGGUUUGGGGGAAGCCAACGUUCAGUGUAAACCUUACCCUGUAUUUUAUUAAGGCAGAACGUCGCCAACAUGUCUGUAGUCUCUUUUGCUCGUUCAGAUACAUCUCUGAAUGCAGAGAGCUCUGAAGCAACUUACAGUAAGUUUUCUCUUUCUUUCUCAUCACUUUAGUUAACUGGCUUGGUCCGUUUGGUUUGAAAACUCAUGUCGUAAUCUGAGGAGCUUCUGAAGAAUACAGAAAUCUCCAGGACGUGGACAUUUGUGGGAUAUAUAUUUUUAUAUGUCUGUACAUUUUGCCUCAUAUCUAAGGUUCUAUCAAGGCUUAUUUAAAAAAAGAGACGGAAUAGAAAGUAAGCUGGAAAUCUGGGGCACUAAAUAAAGCCCAUGGGGACUUGGUUGGCCAUUCCUGAUCUGAACAGUCCUCAUGGUGCAGGUCCUAUCACUUGAGCAUUAGUUCCAAAAUGUGAAGCAUUACCCUCGCUUCCUGAAACCUCAAGUCUUUUUUCCAACUCCUGAGAUAUCCAUGACUAAGAGUGGGAUUGAUUCUUAUUGUUCCAGGAGAAAGACUGACAUCUCGGCAAGUUGGAGAUGUGUUUACAAUUCCCUCAGUUCAGUCAGGUGAAUCAAAACUAGGUAAGACAGUCUUGCCGAUUUUUACUAUUUCUGUUUUAUAAUUGCAUAUAUGUUCCAGUUUUCCUCUUAAAUUGUUCAAGCUGACCCUUCUACCUUUUAUCCCAGGGAACUCUGGGAACUGUAGCUCUGGGAGGUGGACAUAAGGGUCUACUAAGAACUCUUAGCACCCUUAACAAACUACAGCUCCCAGAGUUCUUUGCAGGAAGCCAUGGCCAUUUAAAGUAACACCACAGUGCUUUAAAUGCAUGGUGUGAGUGUGACCUUUGAUUACACAACCUGAAUCCCACCUGCAAAAUGGAGACAAGUCCAGAAGCAGCCUGGAGAGAAAGAGAGAGUGAAGGUGGAGAUACCCUAAUGCAGGGGUCUCCAACCUCAAGUAGGCUGCAAUCUACUAUUCAGCAUUAAAAACUGGCAGUGAUCUACCACACUCUCCCAUUGUCAUUGGGGGCAAGGAGUAAGGUGUUGGUGGCCAGAAAAAAAACCCUUUCUUUCCUUAGCACGGAUUCACAGUCGAUUCCAUCACUGCCUUCUGUGUAUUGCCCAAAUGGAGGCGACAGCUGAUUAAGCCACAGGUCGCUCAGUAUGGAGGAGGAAGGAAAGGCCUCAUCCUGAAUGUAGAACAUGGCACCCUGCACCCCAAUUUCCUUUGCUCUCAAGGGGGAAUGCUUCACCCUCUCCCCGCCACACGAGUGUGGUCCUGCAGCACCCAGCGAGGGCCGCCCAGCCAAAGGCGGCCUCCUUAGCAGAGUGAAGUGAGAGAGGCGUGUGCUCCAGAGCUCAUGGGACCGCAAGCGAAGGCACAAGUCUGGCCUGGGAGGGCGGAGUGCAGACCGACUCCAGCUACAAAAGCAGAGGCUAUUGAACAUGGAUAUUAUUGUUGUAUCUUUGGUCUUAGAUCUUAUGAUUUAUGUGGAAAUUGUUUCCAUUUGGUUGUGUACUUUUUGAUAUGUUUUAUUUAUUGUUUAGGACUUAUGUUUGUAAUUAUGUAAAUCUUGUCAUGUUGUAAACUGCCUUGAGCAUGGUCCAGCUAUGGAAUGGUGGCAUACAAAUAAAAUGAUGAUGAAGAAGAAGAAGUCUCUCCCUCCUGCAGCUGCCUUGCAAGUCCCAUUCAGCCCGCCGGCUCAUGGGACCACAGAAGUGGAGCCGCAGCUUGUUCCCUCCCACAGCCUAGCCCCAGCUGCGAGGGAGGAGCAAAGGCUGCCUGGCCAUAUUGUGAUCGAUGGAAACCAAUUCAAAGAUCGAUCUGUUGAUCCCGAUCGACGCCUUGGACAUGUCUGCCCUAAUUCAUCGCCAUCAGCAUGUCUGAUGUGGUCCCAAAUUGCACUGGACUUGAGGACAAUCAGGAUCAAUCUCAUUCUGGCCUGCAAAGAAAGCUUAGGCACCAACUUUGCAGCAAAUAUAAAGCAAAACAAGAACAAUACUCAGUUGCCCUAAAAGGGAUGAUGGGAAUUGUAGUUCCAAAACAGCUGGAGGGCCAAGUUUGGCCAUGCCUGCAAAGAGCCAUUAAUAAUUUUGCGUUUUUUGUGUUCUUUUUGUGUGUGUGUGUUUUUAAAAAGAUUAAUCUUCAUCAGAUGGGGAGAAACAAAACUUGUGAAGGGGGGAAAAUACUUUGUUUUUAUAUGCUACAUGCAUAUAAAAUACAAAUAUUAGAAUGCUGUAUGUGAGAGAAAGGGGAGGGAAGUCUCUUCUCAGGUGAUAUUCGUAUAUUUUUUUAAGUUGCCAUUUUAAAAUAAAAUCUGUGUUGGGGUGCCAUCCAUCUGUGGUAGCUAUCCACACAUGCAGAUCACCAAUUAGCAUCGUGCAAACUUUUUCCCCCUGAAGGACAGCUGUUCCCCCCACCCCACUCCCCCCGCUUAUAACUUCCUGUUUCUUGCAGCUUCUAGUCGUGCCACAGACUUUCAGUUAGACAAGAACCCGUUUAAAAUCCCUUCAGAUAUCGAUAUCUUCUUGUUGCGAGACAGGCAGAAGGAAAAGGCAAGAGCGGUAUGUACCAAUCACACGAGGUUCCUGGAGGAAAUCUUUCUUGACCACAAGCAGUGUAGCAUUAUUGUUAUUGUUUAUUACAUUUCUGUCUUGCCCAGGGCAGCAAGGAGCAAAGCAAUACAUUUUUAAAAAAUUAAAAUACAUUAAUACAAUUAUAGAUCAUAGGGUCAGGAAACAUGUUGCGGGAACAGUGUGUGCACAUGCUGCGAUUUUGCAGAUAUCCAGGGAAAUCUCUAAAAUGAGGCUCUGAGCUCCUUGGAAAGUGAGCUGGAAACAAAUGUUAUAAAUAAAAAGUGCUCAUAAAAAUACAGAAAAGAGCAAUCCAACUGAUCAAAUUCUUUUCUUUUUUUUAGGGCAGAUAAAAUAAAGUACCUCUCUGUGCAGUACGAAAUUAGAUUCUAGAAUAUGCUGCCCUAAAAUGUAGCGAUAGCCACUCAUUUAAAGUUCUUUUAAAAAUGGCAUUAGCUGAAUUCAUCGAGGAUAAAUCUCUCAUCAAUUAGCCAUGAGAGCCAAGUAGAACCUCCAUGUUCAAAAGCAGUAUACCUCAGAAUACCCAAUAUGUUGGGGAGAAACUAUGGGAGAGGGCUGUUUCCGAAUCUGGAAGUCAACAGCGCUGAGGUAGCCUGAAGUGCUGGUCUUGGGACUAGAAGCUCAGCGCUGAGUUCUGAGAUCAUCUUUGGGCUUGCUGGGUGACUUUAGGAGAUGGACUGUGGCUCUGUGUCUUGGAUGCAAAAGAUCUCAAGGUUCGACCCCCAGAAUCUCCAGGUAGGACUAGAAAGACCCUGGCAAUCUGCUGCCAUUCAGUGCUGACAAUAUUCUGGCUCAUUAUAAGACAGCUUCCCACGUCGCUAUGACUUUGCAAGUAGAACUAUAUCGGUGUCAAGGCACAUGAGAAUCCAUAUGAGCCAUCACUUCUGGGACAUCUUUCCCCCUUUACAUUGUCACAAUCAGCUCAGGCUUGAGUCCACAACCAAUUUAUGCUGUUCUGGACAUUCCUUUUUCCCCCAUAAAUAGUUUUAAAUUUAAUUUUAAAAGUAUAAAAUUAUAACAAUAUCAAAUACAUACUCAGAUUUAGAGAUUUCUAUGAAUCUCCGGACUUCCCACCAUCCCCUCCGUGGGUUUUAUUGUCAUCAUUUACAACUGCGUAUUAUUUCAUCAUCCAUAUUUUAGGUCUAUCUAUAUUAUCCAAAGUCUUUGGUACAUUACCAGUGGUGUUAAAAUCCUGCUCGUUUUCAUUUGUUUACAGUGGUCUCUUAGAUAAAUUAUAAAUCUUUCCCGUUCUUUCUUGAAACUUUUGUCUUCUUGGUUCCUGAACUUUCCAGUCAGUAUUGCCAUUUUGUCAAACUCCAACAGCUUAAUUUGCCAUUGUUCUUCUUCUUUCCAUCUCUGGGCUAACAGCAUCCGUUAGGCGGUCAUUGCAUACAUAAUGUCUUUUCUGUUCCUUUGGAAUCUCGGUAUCUACAAUUCCUAAUAAAAUUUGCUGUCUGGACAUUCCUAACCAAAAUAGGUGUUGGCUGUUAGAGGUUGGGCAGUCAGAUCUGAUUUUUGCAGAGGGUCCAUUCAUACCCUAGUCCCCCUAGUUGGUCACCAUUGGCCACCACCACCCAUUCAAUACAUAUAUAUUCGAAGCAAUCUUACUGAAAACUGGAUGGAGCAAUAAGCCUACCCCCUUUUUACCUUUAGGAGCGAGAGCGAAGGAAGACUUUGAAGGUUCACGAGAAGAUGACCUGCUCCACUCUGCAAGGUGCCAAACAAUCUGGCUUCAAGAAAGAAAUCCAAAUGGAAGAGGAAGCGGAAGACAAAGAGUUGGCUGCAGAAGCAGAGCGCCUCAAAGCUCUCCGAGAAAGCAUCUCUUGGAAGAUAGCAGUCACUAAAGGUAGGGAUCUUUACAGAAAGCAUCCAGAUCAGGACACAACCAAGAGACUGAUGGCAAUUUGAGUGACAGAACACACACAGCUUCAGCCUCCAGGCUCAGUUGCUGCCACAUCUCCAGUAACAAAAGACCUCAGUCAAAAACAACCCAUGAUGUGCAAUUGCGUACGUGUUUUUCCAGUAUGUUUCAUUUUUCAAACUGAAAGCAGCCAUAGGAUGUUGCAGUCUUUAGUAAAGGAGUGCCCCAGGGUUUGGGUGUGCAUACACACAUGUGCUUGACCCUUUCCCUUCCAGCUUUUUUCCCAUUCAGAAUUGUGGGCACCUACUUCCACAGAGAGAAAAGCAACAGUGGGUUAGGGGGCAGACGCUCUAUGGGGGAAAUAUCCGUGAAGCUCAGGGGUGAGGAGCCUUUGUUUUAAUUCCGAGGGCCACAUUCCUUUCUGGGCAACCUUUGGGGGGCCGCAUGAGGGUGGGCAGGGCUAGAUGUCAAAGCAGGCAGAAUGCUGAAUGUAUGUUUAAUCCAGGCAUCCCCAACCUGUGGCCCUCCAGAUGUUUUGGCCUACAGCUCCCGUGAUCCCUAGCUAACAGGACCAGUGGUCAGGGGUGAUAGGAAUUGUAGUCCAAAACAUCUGGAGGGCCCAAGGUUGGGGGUGCCGGGUUUAAUGUUUACACAGCAAGCUGAUUUAAAUGGGUACUUACCCACAACCCUCUCUGUCCUCCAUCCAGAAAAGAAAGAAGCAGGUUCAGAGUUCAAGGGCAUAUUCCCAACUAGGCAAAAAUGCUCACGGAGGUUGUGAAGCUGCGCCAGUGAGGGGUGUAGCCUUGGGAAAGUCUCAAAGGCCAAAUCUAGAGGCCAGGGCCCAAGUUCCUCCACCCCUGAUGUAGCUGGUUGUAGACUUUUAGUUGCAAGGACAUCUCAACUUCUUGGGGAAUUGUUACUGAUUCUUGAAACUCUCUGAACACAGCUUUUUUGCACAUGGUCUGCCUUUGCUUCGCAGCUGCUUGUUCUGUCUCUACUUUGCACAAUUGUCUCUCUCCCUCCUGCCUUUGUUUCUUUUUCUAGACCAGGUCGUUGAAAGAGAGACCAUGCACGACUACAUCAAUCAGAAACGGCAGAUGUUUUUGCUGCAGGUAUAUGGCUUCAGUUUGGGUGGAAUUUGAUUCUGAGCCAGUGGAGGGCAGCAGUCAAAGCAAUGGGCUUGCCUCGGGACAGCUGGCUUCAGGUCCCUGCUCAGUCAUGGCGCUCAGUGAGUGGACCUGGGCAUGCCACUGUUUCCAACUUUAGAAUGUUGUGAAGGUAUAAUGGAGGGAGACUACAUGCAUCUUUAGAGGAGGAACAGCUGGUUACAGUUGUGAUCAUACAUGUUCUUACUAGCUUUCUUCCUGCAGGGAGACUUUCAUGUGAGAAUAGAGUUAGAUAUAGUGGCUACUUCUGGCAUCUUAUAGUAGUACAAUCCUGAAAGGACUGUACCGUGUGCUUAUUUAAUUAGCUAGGGUUGCCAUGCACCCGGAAUUUCCCGGACAUAUCCAGAAUACUGCAGUUGGAAGUAGUAUCUGGAUGGAAAUUGCAAAACAAAAAAAUGUCUGGGGAAAUCCUGACAUAUGGCAACUACUGUUGGAGGAAUAGGGGUGCGGGGGGAUACGUCCGGUCUGGGUGCCAUCGCGGGGGGGGGGGUGACAUUUGAUUUAUUUUGCAUGUAUAUGCCGCCUUUAUCUUCCAAGAAUUUCAAGGCCGUGUAUAUGGUUCUCCUCCUUCCCAUUUCAUCCUCACAACAACCCUGUGAGGUAAGUUAGGCUAAGAGAUGGUGACUCACCCAAAGUCACCCAGUGAGCUUCAUGCCUAAGUGGUGUUUUGAACCCUAUCCUAUGCCAUUAUCUGCUGUUCCCUAUGACCUCUCCUUUGCAGGCCACAGACAGAACUGAUCCAGCUCUAGGAAGCAAUUAUUUUACCUUGAAGAAAAUGUAUUUGAUUGGGACUCAGUAGACUUGGGGUAUAGACUAUGGACUCCCUACAUGACUUUGGGGAGAUAAUGCAAUGUUUUUGCAUUGUAUUUCUUUUCAUAAGCAACUUUAAAGGGUUGCUGAGCUGAGUCAAGAAUUGUAACAAACACAAUUCAGCAAGUCUCCAGUGUGGGCCAGUAAUUUUUCUCUUCUUUUUGGCCUAAAUUCCAGUAUGCUGUAACGGUAAAGAAAGAUGAGAUCCAGAAGCUGGAAAACUUGGCCAUUGAAGAAGAAGCAAAGCUGGAAAGAGCCGAGGAAGACCUUGAGAAGGAUGCUGCCAUGUUUGAUGAGUUCCUGAAGGAGAAUGAUAGGAAUUCUGCACAAGCCUUGAAAAUGUAAUGCUGGAAUUUGGAUUCCAUACUGUCACAUUAGAUUUUGUGUGUGUGUGUGUUUUCCAAUAUACCCACAGUGUUUCCCUCCCCAGAAUAAUAUGAGAGAAUGGUGGGAAUCAAAUUGGGAUUUAGAAAUUGAGGACGACGCGUGGAAUGGACUGUGGAUCAAAGCCUGUGGAUAAAUCUAUUCCGGCAUUGACAAGUGAAAGAGCCCUCAAAAUUGCACAUGGCUGGUAUUUAACACCUAGAUAUCUAGCUUGUAUAAAACCCAGCUGCUCUCCUAUGUGUCCCACUAUUGGGGCAUACAGAAAUAUGUGAUGGGAGUGUUCAAAAAUAGAAAAAUUCUGGGAAAAUGUCUUUGCAGAGAUAUCUUUGAUUACAUGGCAGACAGUUCCUAUCUCUCCAGGACUGGCAUUGCUUAAUUUGUACAGUCAGGACUCACCAAGAAUUAGAAAUAAAUAUAUUAUAAUCCAUUUACUGACCGCGGGAAGAAUGACCAUAGCCAGAACAUGGAAAACAUUGCAAUGUUGACCAUGGAUAAGUGGUAUGAAGUGGUCUGGUAGACAGCUUUGUUGGAAAAUCUAACAUGGAAACUGCAGGUAGAAAGAGGCUAAAAGAAAAACUCCUACACAGUAGGGGACAAUUUUAUUGAACACACAGUGAGGCACAUGGGGGGGUAGUGUUUGGGGUGGGUAACAUAGUUUGGAAUACUUGAAGUAUACAUUUUAACCUUUCAAAUCGUUGCAGAUAUAAUGUAUUCCUUCCUUUCAGUGAGAUUGGAGCACAUGGUGUGUUGUUUUAUGGUUUUUAAGAUCAUGAGAAUGUUUGAAAUAUAUGCUGUGACAAAUCAACUAUUUUAAAAUGGAAACAAGAAACCAAAAACCAGGGACUAAACUCCACAUCAAGACUGAAGAUGCCUGGAAAGGUGCAUGUGGGUGGGAUUUUAAAAGGCCCCACAUAUCCUGCCAAUGACUGCACACUCAAAGGCAGCACAAGUUUAUUAUGGACUCAGUCCUGCUCAUGCCUGCACGUUUUUCCACAGUGUCCACAUGACAGCAUUCUCAUCCAACUGCCACCCCAUUCCCACCCUACUCCACAAUUUACAAUGCCCAUUUAUCAGACUUCCUGUGGAAAGUAAAUCUGGAUUAAAUGGAGAAUAUGGGGUGGCAUUCUGAAGAUGCAACUGCAAACUUACAUACAUGAGGAGUGCUGAGUCCAGAUAAGGCUGCCAUGUGGAAGAGCCCUGUAUGGACAAGGCUGAGCUGGGAGGUCACAGAGGCAAGGAAGCUGGAAGAAGCUUCUCCCUCUGUCUCUCUCUGAGCAGCUGCAUCUGGCUUUUCAGGGAGGAAGACCUUUAGUCCCACUGCUUGCGUCAUCCCCUGCUGCUGUUCUUCAGGUAACUGUUGUUUUGAUGCCUUUUUCUUAGCGCCGAAAAGGAAACCAAAGCCAAGCUUGAAAAGAUCAUUGAGAUCCGAGAACUGACUGCGCAAAUGAUGAACAUCCAAAGGUCAGAAUUGUUUGGAAAAUAUUUGGAAUUAUUGUCAGUUAUAGUAUUUUUUUGUAAUACCCCAGAGGCUAUUUCUCCAAUCCUGCAAAGAGAUCUGCACUGGUUGCUGAUUUGCUACCAGGCCAAAGUGUUACUAUCACUAUAUGUACUUGGGGACCCUCUUACCUGUGCGAUCGCCUUGCCCUCUCAACCACUACAGUCUGUGGAACUGGUACCACAUAAUACCCAUUCCACAUUUGUGAGAAAUCAACUUUUGACAUGACACGAGGCAGACAAUAAUUUGAUUAAUCUGAAAAACUUGAUUUAGGGAGAGGUUUGUUCCCCCACAUUUAUACGCGGGAGGUCCAACUCUGGCUGUUCCACAGCUUUCCCUGUUGGGAAACAGCAGCAGUGUGGUGUAACAGUCUUCUUUUGAGGCAGAAAGUUUAGUAGUUGCUGGAAUGAGGCAGACCCCUCUGUGGCUUUGCCUCUGCCAAGAGACAAAAUACAUGGGUUGAAAUGGUCCAACCCUGGAAGCUUUUCCUCUGGGCAGCGGUGGAGCGAGCCGAUUGGGUGCCUGGGGCGGGACGCAUGCCCUGUGCCCAGGGGCAGGGCCAGCCGUCCAUGGGGUUGGGGCCAGCCGCCCACAGGGCAGGGCAAGCUGGGGCAGGACAUUCCACGGGGCCUCUGAGGAGACUGCCUGCCUCCUCCCACUAGCUGCCCUACAGCUGAGGGGGAGGCAGAGGGAGGACUGUUUGGGGCAGCAUGGAGCCCGUGGGCGCCCAAGCCACUGCGUCACUCCCAGGAGAGACGCGUGGCUCAGAUGCGCUGCAGGCCCUGCGGUGAGUGCCGCCCACCAUUUUGUCACCCCCCUCAGCGGUGACACCCAGGGCAGCCCACCCCCCCUUCUUCCGCCCCUGCCUCUGGGCAGAGAAGACUGCAAAUGACUCUGUUCACGGUGACUGGAACCUGAUGGAACUUCUCCUCCUCUAGCGAGAUCGCCAGGUUUGAAGACACUAUGCAGGAGUAUGUAGUAUUCAAGGACUUCCUCUUCCAGCUGUCCCCCAAAGAGUGGCGGGAGGAAUAUGAAAGAAAGCGAAUGAAGGACAAAGAAAAAACGGUGAAAAUUGUACCUGACAAAGAUUUCGCACCUUCCAAAAGUAAGAGCUCCCAGCAAAGGACUGUCCAUUGUUUGGGCACAUGUGCACCUCCCAUUUUAUGGUUGUUUAAGACAGAUUAGCAUAAAGGAAUUGGGGAAUAAGGAAAAUAAUCAAGCCAAGGCUAGAUACUUCUCUGCUUUACUUUGAAGGGGGUUCUUAUUUUAUGCUGGCAGUUUUAAAUUGGUAACACUUCCUUUUCUAAUUAAAUACUAAAUGCUGCAUUUUAGCUGUCUGAAAGCCUUUUGUUAGAGCCCAAUAUUGUCAGGAGAAGCACCGCUGAUUUCAAUGGUGCUUUCCCCCAGCUUUUUCUGCAGAGAAUUUCAUAAAUGAUACAUGGUUGAUUAAGGACGUGGAAGCAGCUCUUCUGAUCCCAUGCUAUCCACAAGACCACCCUUUGCUAGUCUGCUAUCCUUAUAUGGUCAGAUGAUCCUAAUAAAUUUGGUAUUAUUUGGUACUCUUCUUGUGGGCGUGGCUGUGGGAGCUCUCUUGCUGAGCUCCUGUACUUCAACAUUUACCACCACUGCACAUAGCAGAACAAGGAGGAUUUAACAGCAGACUGAAACCAGUAAAGGAGAGUCGAUUUGCUGUCCAGGGGGAGGCAGUUUCACAGUCUGGGUGCCACAACUGGUGAGGCCCUGGCAGGGCUGGUGUGUACAUUGAACAACAGGGACAUGGGUGGUGCUGUGGUCUAAACCACUGAGCCUCUUGGGCUUGCCGAUUGGAAGGUCGGCGGUUUGAAUCCGCACGAUAGGGUGAGCUCCCAUUGCUCGGUCCCAGCUCCUGCCAAUCUAGCAAUUCAGAAGUAAGCCAGUGCAAGUAGAUAAAUAGGUACUGCUGUGGCAGGAAGGUAAACAGCAUUUCGGUGCGCUCUGGUUUCCGUCACGGUGUUCAAUUGCGCCAGAAGCGGUUUAGUCAUGCUGGCCACAUGACCCAGAAAGCUGUCUGUGGACAAAUACCGGCUCCCUUGGCCUGAAGUGAGAUGAGCGCUGCAACUCCAUAGUCACCUUUGACUGGACUUAACCAUCAAGGGGUCCUUUACUUUUACCUUUACCUACAUAAAAGCUCUCUCAUGACACACCAUUAGGCUCACCUACCUGUCAGAAAGUCCUGUGAACUGUAGGGGUAAAAUAUGUAUACACCUCUACUCAGAAGGAAUCCCCAUUGAGUUCAAUUGCAUAAAAUGUAUUUGUCUGUAUAACUUAAGGCACAUUUUCCCUUCUCCUGCUCAGGCCGGGAUUGGCAGCAAAGGAGGAAAAGCCGAUCACUGCCAAAGCAUUCCAGUUUUGACCUGUCUGGAAUAGAUUUGAGCUCCUCCAGGACUCAAAGCCAAGUUUUUGCUAGAAAGGACUCUCUUAGGCUCAGCCAGGUGUCUUCAAGGCAGAACCUCAGAUCCCAGCUUGGCAAAAGAUCGUAAGUGCAAAAGGGGAAGGAAUUAUAAAGGCAACAUCAUUGGCCCACAUACAAUCAUGCCUGUGAUUUAAAAAAGAAAUUAAAAAAUAAAGCUCAGUCUGGAGGCCCUGCCCAGAGGUGCCAGGUUGGCAACUCUUGGUGAAGUGAUGAGGCUGGUAAAAAGUGGCACACAGGACAAAAGAGAACUUCUGUAGUGACAAAAUAGCUAAGGGAUCUAACCAAUUUACUCUACAAUCCUACACUCACUUACCUGUAAGUCUAAUUGAACUUAAUGAGACUUACUUUUGAGUAAACUAGUAUAGGCUUGCAGUUAAUUGCGACACAGUAGAACCUCGACUUACGUUACCCUCAGGUAACGUAAACUUUGGGUUGUGAAAGCGGCAAACCCGGAAGUAUUUUUCUGGGUUUCACCUCUCGCGCAUGCGCAGAAGCGCUCUACCGCCGUGCAUGCACAGAAGUGGGAUGCGGCUGGACCUCUGGAACGGAUCCUGCCCGCAACCGUAGGUACCACUGUAUUUUGUUUUCAUGGUGUGCUUUAUUUUCCGCUGUUAUUGCUUGCCACAAGCUCUUGAAAGGGGCAGGGCUAGAAACUGAUUUCUAUUGUAUUUUUAAAUCUCAAGUUAUCCAUUGUUAUGGUCACUUUGUGCAAGCAUCUAACUUAGAAAUAACCUUUGCAGGAGCAUUGCAGGAGACAGGGAAACUCCAGAGACUCCGUCUGAUGAUGAUGACGACGACGAGGUUAGUAACCUUGAAUCCAACAUAUUGAAUGUAUUCCUUUUGAUUUACAAAAUGGGGGUUUGCUGCUUGUGGUUCGUUUGGCUUACUCAAAAGUAAGUCUCAUUAAGCUCAGUUAGACUUACUCACAGGUAAGUGAGCGUAGGAUUGUAGUGUAAAUUAAUUAGAGCCCUGAACUAUUUUGUCCUUGAGCUAAAUAAAGCCUAGCAAGACUAAAUAAGGCAUAAUACUACAGUUUGUAUUACUUGGUAAAGAGUUUAGCACAGUAAAGCAUAAGGUUACCAAGCAAGACCCCUGUGGUUGCUAGGAGUCCCUUGGACAACAAUGGACAUGGCCUCUGACAGCCCGGGGGCAGCAUCGCAGGUCUGAGUUUCAGGGUCUGAGCUUCUGGGUUGAAGCUUUUCCAGCUCUAUGACAUCUGGGGCUCCUUUCUUAUACAGUGGUACCUCAGGAUACAGAUGCUUCAGGUUACAGACGCUUCAGGUUACAGACUCCACUAACCCAGAAAUAGUGCCUCGGGUUAAGAACUUUGCUUCAGGAUGAGAACAGAAAUCGCGCGGCGGUGGUGUGGCAGCAGUGAGGCCCCAUUAGCUAAAGUGGUACCUCAGGUUAAGAACAGUUUCAGGUUAAGAACGGACCUCCGGAAUGAAUUAAGUUCUUAACCCGAGGUACCACUGUACUGUAUAGUGUUACACUAUGCUGGCAAGGCUAAUUGGUGUCUUCAUAUCCACAUGCAUACCCUCCAACAUUUUGUGGUAAAAAUUCGGGGCAUCUCCCCCCCCCCCCCACCCAUCCCCAUAUCCGUCGUUCUCCCCUCCCUGCCACUGACCCCUUCCUUGCUCCCUCUCUUUCCCCCUCCUUCCCUCUCCUCUCAUCCCUUUGCUGUCUUCGGCUUCCUGCUCAUGAGACACAGCAUGGCCUGGUGCAGACUCCAGGAAGCUCACCCUACCCACCCCAUGCUGUACCGGGAGAUGCAGCCCACACCACAUUGAGAGACACAGCGCAGCCUGGAGUAGCCUCUGGGGAAAUUGGAGCAUCCCGGAUUGGUAUCAGAAGCCAGGGCAGCUUCUGUUAAUUCAGGAUGUCCCAAUUAAAUCGGGACACUUGAGGGAUCUGCAUGUGGGUUAGACACCACUGGCAUUAACAUUCCUUAACUAUCCUGAUGACCCUGGCACGAAAGCAGCAGUGUGAGAAAUGGACUCGGCCUAUUUUAAAAGGAUAUCCAGCCAGCUGGUCAGUUUCUCAUUUUGAUCCUCCCUUUUAGCCCGCCACUCGUUUCUGCUAAUUAAAUGCUGACUACAGUCCUACCUCAGGUUACAGCCACUUCAGGUUGCGAUUUUUCAGGUUACGGACCGCCGAAACGUGGAAGUACCGGAACGGGUUACUUCCGGGUUUCGGCGGUCGUGCGUGCGCGCGCAGAAGCGCCGAAUCGCAACCCGCACGUUUGCAGACACGGGUUGCGAACGUGCAUCCUGCACGGAUCACAUUCGCAACCCGAGCGUCCACUGUACAAAGAAACUGUUAAGUUGUGGGCGAACAUAUCAGACGACACAGCGAUUCUUCCAAAGCAGUUCUUUAUUUGUAAUCUGGUACAGAACUGAACUGAGGAGCUCAGUCAGCCUGCUUAUAUAGAGCUCCACUAGAAUGCAACAGUAACCAUUUUCUGUAACUAGCCAAUCACUGAACGUCACUUUCGAUCCUUCAUUUGCAUACAAACUAUCCAAUCACUGAACGUCACUUUCGAUCCUGGCCCAGGGUGAGAACUUCAGUACAUAACAGAAACCAUACUAACUCCUGCAAGGGUAGGUUACAAUAGGAUAAUAGCAAUGCAAGACUAGGGCCCAGGCCUGCUCUUAGGCAUCAGACCGAAGCAUGAGAGGGGCAAUUGCAGGCAUCAGUGUAACUCCUCAAUAUAUCAAAGGUGCAUUGGGAUGCACAUUUUAUUUGAAGCAAAGGAGAACAUGCAUUCUGUAGUUAACCAUAUAAUAUCAACCAUAAUAUCGAUACACUCUCCUGCCGUGCAUAUUGUCCUGUGUGCUUAACAGAAAGGACUCCUUGAUGCUGACACUUUCCUUUGCAGGAGCCGGUGUUGUACUUCACAGAUCCACACCAACUGCUGAAUCUGUUCACUGAGUUGGAAGAACAGAACUUGUCCCUAAUUCAGAAUUCUCAGGAGACGGAGGAAACCCUUGAUGAACUUCGGCAUACCUUGGCUAAUACGCGGAAUAAAAUGUAAGUGAUGAAAGGACACUGCCCACAGUGAAUUUGCACAAUACAUAGGUGCUUUUGCAUCGUGAGUGGUUUCCAAUUUAUAUCAUCAAAAUCUAUUCUGAGAAGCACAGACUAGAAAAAGAGACAUUUCAUAGGACAUAUGACCAGUUUCCCCAUUAAACUUUGGGAGGGGGUGUUUCUCUAUGAUAGAACCCACGCAACAUUCAUUCAUCCAGUGCUGGAUUUAUGUAUAAGCUAAACAGUCUAUAGCUUAGGACCCCACUCUCUUGGGCCCCCCCCCAAAAAAAAAUAAAGGAAAAAGAAACUGGAUGUACAUUUCCAAAAUAUAAGAUAAAAAAAAAUAAAAAUAAAACUUACAUACAGCAACAGUGUUUUGUGUUGUGUAGGCUCCUAUGAUGUAAGUAAUGGGCCCCGCCUGCUAGCCUGCUCCCUAAAAUAUCACUGGUUUGCUCAUUUCUAUAUAUAGGGUGCCUACAUUCUGCAUGGACUGGUUGCAUGGCAACAUGUGCAAAUGGCUUUAGAUACCUAUUAGUUCCAUAAAUUACCAUAUAGCAUAUAUUCAGCAACAAAAACAGCGACAAUUUGUUGUUGACAAAGGACAGCUGGACAUAUAAAGGGCCCCAUUACUUUCAAUAGCUUAGGGCCUCAUCAAACCUAAAUCUGGAUCUGCAUUCAUCUCAUGAGGACCUUGUAUUAGGAUUCCCAUGCUUGCAUAAUAGAGACGUCAUUUCCCCAUGCCAAAAGAAUCCAGAUUAUCUAAUACCUGUUUGCUAGGAAGCUGGAUGUAAGUGAAGUUUCAUAGUUAACCUCCCUGCAGUUGUUGCACAUGAUUAGCACAUGGUGUGAAUAUAAAACAUAUCAAAACUCCUUUAUUUUUUAUUUUUUUAAAAAAUGUUUUCUUCUGGACCAGGGACCGUGAAAUAGAACAACUGAAGCAGCUUACAGUCACUCUUCAAGCCAACAUUGUCAAAGAGGAGGAGACUGCAGCAGACCUCGAACUCAAAUCCCGAGUCUUUUCCUUUGGAGAAUACAAAGCUGACGUUCAGGUAUGUAUCUGAAUGAAAUCGAUGACUGAACAACCUUGGCCAGGAGAAGAACAGAUAACAGGUGCCUGGAGAUUGUUGCUGACGGGAGCUUGACCCCUUUUUCUCUGGUGGAGGGUGGGGAAUAAUACUGGAAGUGUUAUUCCGAAGGAAUGUGGUAGUUCCAGUCCCAGGUUCGUGGAGGUUAAGACUGACUCCUGCCCGCAGGACAAAAUGUUGGUGAGCUUGCAUCGAAAGGUGCUGGAAGUCUACCGGCGCUGCAUUGGGGAAAACGAGGCAAACCUGGGAACCCUGCAGAUGCUGACUGUGAUUGAGCACCAGCUGGACGACUUACUGGAGUGCCUGGAGAGGAUCCCUCCAGCCAAGAUAGAACAAGCCGAGAAGGCCAAGGAGAAGGAGCGAAGGAUGAGGUCUGACGGGGGCUGCCCACUUCUUUGGGGAAGGGGCAGAGGGCACAUUUGGAGGUUGGGGGAGGAAAGUCCUGUGGGCACCAGUCACAAAAUGGCUGCCAAGGCAUAAUACAAAACAGCUGGGGAAACCCAGCCAGAUGGGCGGGGUUUAAUAAAUUAUUGUUAUUAUUAUUAUUUAAAGAAGAGAGACAGCACCAUCACUACCAAGGGGAAAAGGGCACCUCAUCACCAUGCUCGCUCAAGAGAGAGCUCUUUGUUCUUUGUUCUGAACAGGAGCAUAGAUGAUGGUGGUAUUAUUAUUAUUAUUAUUAUUAUUAUUAAUUAUUAUUAUUAUUAUUGACCCAGCCACUCUGAGCGGCUUCCAACAAAUAUAAAAACAUAAGAAAACAUGAAAUAUUAAAAUACUAUCCUGUACAGGGCUGCCUUCAGUUGUCUUCUAAAGGUUUUUUAGUUACUCAUCUCCUUGACAUCUGAUGAAAGGGCAUUCCAUACGGCGGGCGCCACUCCCGGGAAGGCCCUCUGCCUGGCUCCCUGUAGCUUCACUUCUCGCAAUAAAGAUGGGCAUGUUUAAGGAGGUGCAUUCAAUGUAGGAGAAACUGAGCCAAUGCAAAUAAGAUCUGAGCAGGAAGAGCACACCUUCCGUCUUCUGCAUUGUGGAUUUGCGAGGGCAUGUUUCCUGGGUACCGUUCACGGAUGCUAUUGCAGGUACUAGUGAGCACCCUGGCACCUGCAGGCACCAUACUGCCUUAUUGUCUCCAGUCCAAGUGAGAACAUAUAGAAAACUUGACCUGUGAUGGAACCUGUGCUGUCUCUGCAAAGGAGGCAAGGCCUGCCAGAUACUGUUAGUUGCUUGUCAGUCCUACUGUUUAAACAUACUUAAAACUAAAUCAGUUGAUUAAUUGCACCAAUUUAUUCAAAAAUGCAACCUGAGAAAUAAAAUUAAGGCACAGGGAAAAAAAUUCACCCCAUUUCUGGUCCUGUUUUUGUGUGUACAUGGAAGCACAUGGCAUGGAAACGCCCGAGUCCCAGUCCUUGUGCUAAUUCAACUUAAUAGAAAUCUAAUUAGAUAAAGUUGGCUUACAUGACGUGCACUUCUAGCCCUUAAUCUGUUUCAUUUAUUUUGCCAGGAUGAGAGAAGAAAAGAUAAGGCAGCAGAGGCUAUUACAGGAAGAGAGGCUGCAGCGUGCGCUGGCAAGAGCACAAGCUGAUGUUAAGAGAAAGGUAAAUCCAGCAAUUCCAGACAAAUGGCCCUUGUGCACUUCCUAGAUUUCAGAAUUGCAGCCGACGCACAAACCUUUUUGCUCAGUGUCCUUCUGUAAGCCCAGGUCCACUAAGCGGUGGCUAUAAAAAGGACAGGGCUUUUACUGAAGCACUGCCUACAUAUGCCCAUUGCUUGGAAGAACAAGGGAUGUUUGCCCAAAGAAACUUCUUGAGGGGCAGCUUCACUUGCUACAAGUGCACUUAACCUUACUAAGAGGUCGAGCACUCAGCAAUUCAACAAGUUUUCUUUAAGCUUGCUGAGAAAAGCGUGGGUUGUUGCACAGGGUAGUGGAACAGCCUGAGAAGGCCCUCGGACAUCUCUGCUCUGGGCUAUCCCACUUCCUUUCAAGCUUGUAAAAUACAGAGAUUUCAGUUGCCCAUGCCUGGGAUGGACUCAAGCAGCAAUGGUGGUGAGAGUAGGUGGGGGACAGUAGGUGGAGCCCGAGCCAAAUGAGAUUCCUGCAUUGCAAGGGGUUGGACUAGAUGACCCUUGGGUCCCUGCCAACUCUACAAUUAUAUGGCUGUGCUCUGCCUCCAUAUUCAGAGCUCCCGUAGUUGCGAAGAUUACUAGAUGAACAAGAGAAAUCUGCUUGACUGGGUGUUAUAUAUUUUACUUUGUAAUGCAGAAUGAGCUGUGCUGACCAGGCAAAGCUGUUUUUAGCAAUUUGGGAACGAAUAAGAAAAAAAGGGGUGAAUUUCAUAGAAAUGUUCUGGGAACAGCUGAUUGACUGAUCUUAGUGUUUUUAUAAGGUGACCAAAUGUUUGUCCUCCUUCCAGUUGUUUUUUAAGCACCUGGUAGCAGACAGGUUAUCUUCUCUUAGCACCUCAGCCAUUUACUGAGUCCUAUGCUGCAAAAAUGUCUGUGGGAACCUGCUGUGAACUUAUAGCUUCUCUCUGCUGCCUGCUCCUUUAUCAGUUAUUAAUCCUUUAGAGACCUAUCAUCUUAUGCCACUACUGCUGAGCUUACACAGGAGCUUUUGAGGGGCUUUGUUGAAAACUCCAGAAGUCCAAGUAUACAAUGCUCACUGGAUCACCCUGUGAUGUGCUAGUUGAAAACCCUGUGCAGUUUUAAGAACAGCAGGAUCUUUGAGGUUGAAAAAAGCAGGAGCUUAUCACAUCCACUUAGAGCAGUCUCACCUUUCACUUUCCAUCUGCUGUUGUAGUUUGUAAGGCGCUUUCAUGAGAAGCUGCCUCUUGAGCCAGAGUAAUAGGAAUGCAAAGUUGGACACGCUGAUUUGGCACCCCUUCCCUCCCCCAAUAAACCAUGGCUGUAAGGUGGUGUAGUGCCAAACCAGCUUGGGCAUAUGGCUGAAUGGUGCCAUUAUGGCAGCAACAAACUCAAAGAACCCACCGUGGUGCUCCGAGUUCCUAUCUGCCCUUUGCUUGUUGUUGAGUGUGCUUUCUGUUACAAAAGAUGUAGUUGUAGCAUGAGGACAAUUUUGUCAACUCUAUCUUGCAAGAGUUGCCACCUCAAAGAUAACUUCUGAUAGCACUAUGUUAAUGCCAGACCUCCUCCUCCCUUUUGCAUGCCUCCUAAAACAGGUGCACUCAAGUAUAGCAGCAUCUUAAUUUGCGGCAAAGUACUAACAGGAUAAUGAACCAUCUAUAGAGGGUUAUUGGGUUGUUAGGAGGCAGUAGCACCACAUACUCUGGGAGAGGGGAACGUAGAAGACGUUCUGCAGAUGUUGCUGGACUCCAACUCACAUCAUCCCUGCCCGUUCAUCAUACUAGCUAGAGCUGGUAGGAGUUGGGAGUCCACCAACAUUUUCAGGGCCACAGGUUAGCCACCCCAAGGAUAAAGGUACAGCUGUGCAUCCUUUCUAGAGCUGCUACAUGCGCUAGCCCUUUUGUUCCUGCUCUUGCAGAGAACCAUAGGAAGAAACCACACUGGUGAUGGUUUCUUCUGCAAAAAAAGGCAAAUACUGCAGUUGGCUCUGCUUUUGCAGAUGUACUUUUUAAAUGUUUUUUUUUUUUUUAAGUAUACUUAGAGCUUAUGGUUUUGGUAGUUUUAAAUAUCGCCAUUUGCACACCACACAUGAAAAUUACUAAGAGUUCUUCUGAUGCCUGUCUUUAUUGUGUCUUUUAGUCUGGCAGAAGAUUGGUAUUCCGGUCUGAGCCUCCUGCCUACAAAGAGAAGGAAGAUGAGGAUCAAGGACUCAUAGACAAGGAAAAGGAAGAGCUACUCUACUACUUUACUUAACAGCCCUGAAAGUGUAAGAAAUGGUGGAGAAAUGUUUUGGUAGUUAGUACACUUUAUCAAUAAUUUGUUCACUACUUUCAUCCCAUUUCCUCAUUCUGGUUACAUGUACAGCCCCCAGUAAUCCAGGACAGACUACAAGUCAUCUUAUACACUGCUUUUAGUUGGACAAUUCAGUUUUGCCUUUUUGUAAAUAAAACUGCUUUUUUAAAAUCCAGCAGGCCACCAUGGUUAGCAAGAGCAAGCAGUCCAAUGCUUUGAUUUCAGUCUUGAGUCCUGGAGAUACAAAAAUGAAAGGAUUUCUGCUAUUCAGAGAUUUCAAGGCUCCCAAAUUAGAAAGGUGUUUACAACUUUGCUUCUCUUGCGGUUAAGCAGCAUCCUGAUUGGAAACAACAAAAAACAACUGAAAUGGAGAAACUGGACAUUAGGUUUUUUUUAUUAGUCUCUUUGUCUCACCAGUUCUUUAGAUGUCCACUGCCAGCAAUGGACUUAGGCAGAAUAAAUCUGAUAUUGACCUUUAAGCCCUUACCCUUCAAUGUUUACUACAAAUUCCAUUUUAGGAAUUUACAAAGCCAAGUAAAUGAUUUUUAAAAAGUAGACAUGUUUACAAGUCUCAGGAAAAAAACAACCCACAUGUGACUUAUUCAUAACUCUGCAAAACAGAAGCACCACGUUUUGAUGGGCCCAGUUCAUACUCUUACCUAGGCUGUGAUCCUUUCAGCAGUAAAUGAAUGGGUGUGCUGUCCCCACCCUCCCUGCAUCAAAGGUAACUGCUUACCAGGCACUCUAUGUAAAAAGCUGUAGAGGAAUUCUUCUUGUUCAAGAAAGGGGUGAGGGAGUAGAAAGAACAGGAGAUGAAAAGGCCUCAUCACACAGCAGCCCAAGUUACCUCUGAGGAUCACUGCCAAAAUGAAGUGUAUGAACCAACCCCACAGAAUAAAGAAUUUGAGGUGACUUUUAUGGGGGGGGGUGCAAGCCUCCAACACUCUUUUAAGCAAAGUCAUACAUCUGCAGACCACUCAGAGUUUUAGUUUCUCUUAAACUGAACUUUAGUGAUAUAAAAAAAAGGUUGAAUGAGUUAGCAGUUACUUCACUCGGUUCAUCUAAGGCAGUGGUGGAAAACCAUAGUCUCUUCUGGGCAAGCUGCCAAGCGCCACCUGCCAGCCAUGAGUGGAAUCAGAGGCAGAAGUGGGUGGGGGAAUGAAUAUUCAUUUCACCUUUGUACAGUAAGCCAGUUUCCACACACUAUAAGUACUCAUAGCAGAUUCACUGAAAUUAAUAGACAUGACGUGACUUAAGGUUAUUAAUGUCAGUGCUGCUUCUUGGAGUAAAACUUAGCUGAAUACAGCCUGCUCCUCUCGAUCAUCCACCCAGGAAAGCAAGAGGCAUUGUCAGAAUUCAAGAAUACAUUCCAGUCAUGCAAAGACUCAAGGAGGGGUGGUGAGGAAUGUGGCCUAGAGCCAGUCCCAAGGGCCAGAGAAAGAGGCAGGCAGGCAGGGCAGUAUUUUGGCCCCAUGGUUCCCCAUCCUGAUCUAAAGGAAGCAAAAAUUAACUAUAGUUCUUAUAGUUAAGAAUUUUUUUAAAAAUACCCAUAAAUUAAAUCUGAAAUGAUGUAUAAUCAGUAUAAAAAUGCCUUUACAAUUUCAGGGAAAGUAAGUAAAAAGGCACAGGAAUCAGUACAUUUCUAAUUACUUAUGGGCAAGCCCCCUCCCAAUCUUAAUUUGGAAUGAGCUUAUUGAAGAAGCGAUGCAUGGUCCAAUAAUAGCAGAAAAUCAUUUCCAGGGCCAUUCUAGUCAAGUUGUGCUCUCGAUUACAUGCUAUGGAGUAAGAAUAGGUCCAAGCAACACAUCCCCAGGCAUUAGGGAUGUACCAGGAAAAUCUUCUGAAAGGGUGACAGAAAUCCCGGUAUCCAGAAUGCUACCAUCAGAGGCCCUUGGACCAGCUCACCUCAUUGCCAUUGUUGCCAGGUAAGUCUGGGUGGCUGCAGAAUUAGUCCAUUCCAAAAUGUGCAUGAGCUUCAGAGGCAUAUGGGCCUGGAGAAGGGUCCAGUCUGGGGAACUCUGUUUCUUACCACCACCACUCAUGCUUUUCAGCUAGCUACCCUCUUAUUAGUGCAUUCCAUGACUUCAAAUAAAUAUACACAAGGUCAGAUCACAUGUGUUCAUCUGCAGGAUAUCAUACUUUGUAAAAAAUAGAACUGCAUAUGCACGCUCACACUGCAGGAUUAAAAAUUCAUACAUACACACGCUGCUUUUUAACAAAGUCCUAUAUAUAGAUACAUAUAUAUAAUUUUACAUCCUUGUGGCACAUCAUGGAAAAAGUAUGUUUAAAAUUCCAGCCUUGAUGUUUGUUGUUGAACACCAAUUUCUUAUAUCCUAUGCUCAACUGAAAUCUUGACAUUUGCUUUUUAAAAUUCUACAGAACUGUUUUCCUAUCAACUAAAGUAAAAAAGGCAGGUUCCUAUUUAAAUUAAAUAUGCACUUUCCUUCUGGGUCAGUAACUCACCUGCAUCUCAAAUCCUAUGACACUAGCUGGAAGCUCUUUGCUCAAGUAUAUAGUCUGUGUAAAUGGCACAUGGACCAAGAAUGCAAUCCUAUGCACAUUAACUUGGGAAUAAAUAUAUUUCCAAGAAAACAUGCAUGGGACUGGGCUAUACAUACUGAAAAUGGCAUCUUCACAGGAAUUGGCAAUACUGUUUUGUAUUACUGUAAACAUAUUCAAGGGGUAAGAAUUAGCAUCUGCUAGGCAGCCUCCUAAAAGGUAGAAAGUGUAUACUGCACCAUAUCAGGGAUGGAAGGAGCAAGGAACAACAAGGUUCAACUUCUGCUACCCCCCAAGAACUGUAUUAUCAUUCUGCAAUUAUUUCCUUAAAAUUGUAUUCAAUGCUAUCAGAGAAUAAACACUUCAAUGGCCUU